CAUAUUACUACGUCAGCGCUGAAGGUGUUUACGGCACCGUGUGAUAUAAGCAGCUGUGACUCAGAAAACGUUCAUUUAAUAUCCAAUAACCAGUUUGUUUAAAGAGAACCUCGUUGGCUGAUUGGCACGAAGGCUCGAGUGUAGAGCCGUUAUUGAGAAAUGGCUCCGAGAAUGGAUUUUUCAGGAACAAAGCGAGCGAUGAAUGUCUGCAGAACGCUUACAGUUUUGCUGCUGAUCAGUUUGGCGAUGGCGAACAAAACGAUGGACACACGGGAAGGUGAAGACGUGAUACUGAAGUGCCGCUUCAAUGAGCACUAUUCCGACCGCGAGUACUCCUACUAUUGGGCCCAGCAGUCACCAAACAAGUACGACAAUGUUGCGAUCAAGGGUGAUACCUUCAACCCUAACUACAAGAUUGACUACCGACCCAACCAAGGCAUAUACGAUUUGCAAAUAUAUAACGUAUCGUAUGCUCGCGAUAAUGGACGGUUCGAGUGUCGCAUCAAGCAGAUCGGUAGCGAUAAUGCGAUCUACGAAGAUUACUACAAUCUUACUGUUCUGACGCCACCGCAGCCACCGUUGAUUUUCCCUGGAAGCGAAACAACUGCCACUGAAGAUAAAAAGCAGGAGCUCACCUGUAGCAGUGUGGGUGGCUCUCCAGAUCCAACGAUUUCCUGGUAUCGCGAGGGCAGUACAACACCUCUGGCGGCCAAUCUGAUCUACGGCGGAUCGCGUGACAUGCAGACGACCAGCACCCUGACCAUUAUCCCACGCCGAGAAGAUGACGGAGCAAAGUUUACUUGCGUAGUCUGGAACCGGGCUAUGCCGGAGAGCCAGCGACUCGAAACGGUUACGACGCUGUCGGUGAACUAUUAUCCCCGGGUGGAAAUUGGACCAGAAAACCCACUGAGUGUGGAGCGAGAUCAGACAGCAAAGCUGGAGUGCAACAUCGAUGCCAAACCGAAACCCGAACAGGUGAAGUGGACCCGCAAUGGACGGUUCAUUUCGUCGCACCCAACGCACACAAUCCAUCGUGUGUCACUGCAGGAUGCCGGCCGUUACACCUGCUCGGCUGAUAACGGGUUGGGAAAGAUUGGCGAGCAGGAAAUCACACUGAACGUCCUCUACCCACCGAUUGUGCAAAUCGAAAGCAAGGCCAAGACGGCAGAAGAGAAGGAAAUGGUGCAUAUUAAGUGCAACGUUACAGCCAACCCACCGCCAGUUACCAUCGAGUGGUUGAAGGAAGGUGAUAUUGAUUUCCGGCGUAAUGGCGACACGCUAGUGUUGCGGGACGUGCGUGCAGAAGAUGCCGGUACGUACAUUUGCCGGGGCAUUAAUAUGAUGAAGCCGUACGGUGGUAAGACGCUGGAGCGUGAAGGUAACGCCUCGGUAGCGUUGUUGGUGCGACACCGCCCUGGGCAGGCUGUAAUUACGCCGGAAAAACCGGUCGUACACGUUGGUAAUAGUGUCAGCUUGAUGUGCAAAGCCGAUCCUCCGGGCUAUCCGGAUCCACAGUACCGUUGGUACCGGGAUGUAGGCGGCGAGAUCUCGACCACGGUGAUUGCCCAAGGUGCACAAUAUCUGAUACCGAAGGCGGGGCUUUCGAGUGAGGGAAAAUAUCACUGCCAUGCAAGCAACGAACUCGGCAAUGGCGGUAUGGCAAGCGCCACGCUAGAAAUCCAUCAGCCCCCACAAUUUUUGGCCAAACUGCAGUCGAACAUGAUCAAGCGCGCGGGCGAGGUAGACUUUUUUGUAACCUGUAGCGCGAAAGGCAAACCGGAACCAUCGAUCACCUGGUUGAAGGACGAUGUGGAAAUUACUCCGGAACUGCAUCGGUAUGAGGUGAAGACGAACGUGGACAAAGGACCUAACGGUAUGGUGACGGUGCAGAGUAUGCUCAAGUUCACGGGAAAAGCGCGACCGAACGGAAAUGAUCUGAUCUCCACCGAUCGCGGCCAGUACACAUGUUUGUACGAAAAUGAGGUAAACAAGGCAAAUUCAACGAUGCAUCUGAAGAUCGAACACGAGCCGAUCGUACUGCACCAGUACAACAAGGUGGCAAACGAUAUAAAGGAAACAGCGGAGGUGUUGUGCAAAGUACAGUCUUACCCGAAGCCAGAGUUCCUGUGGCACUUUGGAACGACGCUGUUGAAUACGGGUGGGCAUUACGAAAUCAUCACUAACUCGGAUGGCAAUGACGUAUACACAAGCAUCCUGAAGAUCAGCAACGUGCGUCACCAGGAUUACGGUGAAUAUCAUUGCCGAGUAUCGAAUUCGUUGAAUCACAUUCAGGUGCCGAUUCGAUUGCAACCGAAGGGUCCGCCAGAGAAACCGAACAAACUGAAGGCGGUUGAGCUUGGUUCGAACUAUGUGAUUCUUUCGUGGAAUCCCGGAUUUGAUGGAGGUCUUGCCAACACGAAGUAUUUCGUAUCGUACCGUAAAAUAGUGAUCCCGAACGAGAGUCUAAUGACGGAAGAGUGUGCUGCUGUCGCUGCUAGCGGUGCUGAGUGGAUGGAGUUUGACUGCCAGCGUGAAGUUCCUUGCACCAUUAGCCCACUGGACCAUCAUCAGAGUUACGUGUUUAAGGUAAAGGCACUAAACACGAAGGGCGUUUCGGAACAUUCGAAUGAAAUCACGGCAACGACUAAGGUGGAGAAGAUUCCAAUUCCGCUGCUAGCUAAUUUUGACCCGGAAACCAAAAUAUUGGGCUUAAACAUCGGUGCAACCUGUUUAUCGAUGGUGGCGAUCGUCGAAUCGGUCAUGUACGGUGAUACUCCGAUGGCAGCCUGGCACAUUAUCGAAAAGGUAGAUUUGCAGGUGAACGGUCACGAUCCCACGUACCGCGAGCAUGAAAUUAAGCACUUUGUAGCGAAUCGUCGCCACAAUGGUCGCUCGCUGGGCAACACACUGGACGACAUUCCCAUCCCGAUCGAGGACGAAUUGAAUCCACGAGUGCGCGUAAAGUUAUGUCUAAAAAUCAAUCACGAGUAUUGCGGAGAAUAUCUUGAGGCUGACAUUGGACAAUCUCUUAUACAGGAGGCCUCCUUUGUUGAGUUACCGACACUGAUAGCGAUUGUGGUGUCGUGUGUCGUUGCUGGUCUGUUCGCCGUGCUGGUGAUAAUGUUCUGUCGCUGUAAGCGAAAUCAAAUGAAAGAGUCGGUGAAGUCAAAGGAGUAUGAUAUCGAUUCGAUUCACCCUUCAAUUGUGGCUCAACAAAAUCAGGCUCCUCCACCAUACUAUUCUGCCAGUAGCUUAGAAAACAAGGCGCUCGAGCAUUCGAUGGAUUUGGCAAUGGAUCACAAUACGGCUCUGUAUGCAAGCCAGCAGCCAACAUACGAUUACCACCAGCAGAAUGCAAUGAUUCCACAAGUACCGCAAAAUGAUUGGUCAAACAUGGGUUACGUAGAGAAUUCGUACUCGAACUCGAACAAUGGAGGAAGCGUCAACUCACAGGACUCUAUCUGGCAGCUGAAAAUGUCAGCCGCGGCUUCGAACUCGGCCAACAUGAUCCCGCAGCACAACUACAUGGAGCAGCAGAUGCAACAAAACUACGGCUAUGACCCAAUGACCCACGGGGGAUACGGUGCCGUUGACGAUUACGCUCCCUACCCGCAUCUGAUGACUACUGCUAGCCAGCACGGUGGCGAUGACUAUCACCACAACAUGCGCAACAGCCAGAAUCCAUCGCGCCAGGACUAUUGCAGUGAUCCGUACGCGUCCGUUCACAAGCCCAAGAAACGCAUGGAUCAGCAUAUGGACUUUGUCGCCGAAUCACCGUACCACGAUGUGAGCGGGCUUCCGGACCCGUACAUGGAGCAGGAGGAUGCAAAGUCCCCCGUGCAGAAUCAGCAUCUCUCGAUGAGCUACGAUGAUGCGCUAGCCAUGGAAAGCGGUUACUCGACACCAAACUCCCGCAAUCGUCGUGUCAUUCACGAGAUUGUGGUGUAGGCAGCUAAGGCACGCUAGCCUUUUUUGCCUUUGGUGCAAUGAAACAACGAGUUUAGAACAACGACAACGAAUCAACAUGAUGGAAAAAAAAGCUCAAAACAGACGGAAUCGAACGAAUCAAAACCACGGGCACACAGCCAUCUCCGCAGGAGCAUACAUAAAACAGACGACAAUCGCAGAGAAUCUAACGAAUGUUGCACUGCUAGAUGCGCUGGUCAAACCGUAGUUCAAAUUAAUUUACCUUUUCUUCUAAAUUAUUUGUUUUAAUCGAAACAUUUAAAUUGUUGCAAAACACCAUCGACGACAGCGGGUCUAUGAACGAAAUGUAACGCUGUGUCAUAUCUGCAAGGGGAGAAAUAUGGUGAUCUCAGAAUAUAGCUCCUUGAUGUAUUGACGAGAAUCGUUUCCGUUGGAUGAUGAUGAUGCAACUUAAAACUGUGAUUGUAUAUAUAGAUAACUGUACUACGUUGAGCGAAAUAGUUUUAUGUCUAAUGCGCGUAAUUGUCGACAAGCAUAUUGGUAUUGUGUAUAUCGAACAAACGAGUUUUGCAUUUCGAGAUCCAUCAUCGAAACUGAACUUAUAGCAGGCAACGUCAUGUUCUUAUCAAACAUUGCCGAUCUGUAUAAGCACAGUGGCAAUAGCAAUUAAGCAACGGUUAUAAUAGUAAGUGUUUGGGUUAAGCGAAACAUGAAACAUGCCCAUUCCGUAAUGAAUGGCACCUAUGCAACCGCGUCACUGAAUCGGAGGUUAAGAACCGAAUGUGCCAUUAGCUUGUAGUAGGUAUCCCUGCCAAUAGUUCUUUUCCAACAAGUCCGAUUCGACGUGACGCUGUGUCAGCAAUGCACCCAUCCCCCUUGAAUAGGGUCGCCACAAUUUGAUAGGAUGGGCGGCAACAAUAACUCCUCGUGCGUUGUGCUUUAGUUUCAUAAGGUUUUGGUCUGGCUCGAAACAUGGAAGUAGGAUCCUUCAAGGGAGUUCGAGUGACUUCAUCAUCUCAUCACGGAACUAUAUAUCUCUUAGUGUGUCCGUCUGGCGGUGCCAUUGUUAGAUCGUUUCGUGCCAAGUCUUCCUUCUAGAGUAGCAGAAGCAGGAAGAAAAUAAUGCAUUCCAUGAGGUGUUUUAAACGUACUAAUGCCAAUAAUAAAGCUGCACUCAUAGACCUACGAAUCGAGGAAAGACCACGCCGUAUAGACGAGGUUUUCAACGUUCGUUGAUGGUAGAGCGGUGAAGUUUUGGGAAUAGGGUUUAAAGUGUAAUUAUUCACAAAAACCGACUUGUACCGAGCGUCGAUCGUCCGUUAUACUUUUUAGGGAGUCUGAUUGGACGAAGGACUCGGUUAAUCGAUUUGUUGUUCGGUUUGUUUCGGCACAAAAGUUGAGGAUUACAUUGAUCAACAUGAAAUACAAAUGGACAGUGAGCAUUGAAACAACGGAACAGUACGAUACUAAUCGUACCGACCCUGCUCCUCAUCAGUGUACAUAGUAAGCGUGAGUAGAAGCGAGAAGCGGACAUUGUUUAAAUGCAAAGAAUUUAAAAGUCCUGUUUCGGUUGUUUAAGCAAAAGAAAAUGUAGUAAUCGUACGUAAGCGAACAUUAAGGAUUAAAAAGUGUAUGCGAGAGUAAGUCGUUUGAGAUUGUGCUUAUUAUUGUAAAGAAAAGGAACAACCUGCAGGCGAACGGAUUUAAUAAGCACCAGAUCGUUUUUAUUUACCCCUGGUAUAGUCCUCGGCAGAAGAGUGAGUAAAACGGGAGGAUAAAUCACACCGACAACUUAAACGCAAACAAAAAGUAGUUAGACAACAUAGGGAAAGCUGACUCAAAAUGGAUGAAGUUUCUUAAUUUACGCUUGCUGUUCUUUGAAUAAAACGCCCCAACGGAGCUUUCACCGAUCGCUGGCUCAUAUUGCAGAAGAGGGAGAGAGUAUCCUUUUGCUUGACAUAGUGAGGUGGUCGCAUUUGUAUGAGGCAGAUGAUAACGGAUGAAGAAAAAGAGACUGAAUUUAUCGGCAAAAGCAUAAGCUCCCAGAAACAGAAACAUUAUAGCACAUUGCAGAAACGAGAAAAGAAAAAAAAUCAAACUGCUUCCCGAAAGUGACAAAGUACGUGCCUGCUAGUGUACAGCUUAUUGCACGGUACGAACGAGUAGGACAACACACAACGAGUAGUACCGUCGACCAGCGUCUUGCGAUUAGGAUAAAAAAUCGCAUUCGAAGCAGUGAUUGACGAUAAAUAUGCUUUUCCGCUUUUCCACACUUUUUUUCUGUCCGCGGCAACAGUUUGGUGUUUACAAGUUUGACUGCCGUGUUGAAGCGCUGCGACAUUAGUGUUAAGUGACGAGGAAAUUUGUUUUCGUGUUGCAACAGCAGUUACGAACAAUGCGCACAGGAUAGGGCGAGGAGAUAUCGUAAGCUGAGCGUGGCUCUCAACCGGCAUCUGCCCCUGAUAGUGCUGUUGGUGGCAGCUAGUAAUGAAGAUAAGAAAUAGAGCAAAAGUGUGAAGGAGAAAUGUUCUGUUUCGUCCAUUGCAAGUGUCCGGUAUAUUUUGAUCCGGGCCCUUCCUUCAUCCUUUUGGCAGAUUCACCAUGGCAAGUAGCAGUCGCUAGCGUAUUUUGCAUACUUGUUCCGUCCACCGAGAGUUUCAAAUUGUUGUAAAUAUUGACUGAGAAAUUGUAGACGUAUUUACACGAUUGAAGGACUUUUCUAUGUUUAAGCAAUUCUUAGUAGUUUUGUUGCAGGUUAGCUAUCGUAUAAGGUUCUUU